GCUCAGUCGGCUGCGGUAUGCGUGUUUUAUUGGAUUCCAUUUGACUGUCAGUAACGGACAUUGAGAUGAGUGUUCUCGUUGUAGCAUUACUGCUGGGGUCAGCUGGCUUGCUGGAAGCACUAAACCCAGGUUAUUGGGAACAAUUACAUCGUGAGCCACCAAUCCGAGGAUAUCCAAGAAAUGCAACAAGACAAGCUGAAGUGAAGUGGAUUAUGCAAUAUGUGGAUAACUUCGAUCCGCAAAACCCAUCAACGUGGAGUAUGCGAUACAUUCAAAAUGGAGAACACUAUCAACCAGGCGGGCCUCUGUUUAUGUUUCUGGGAGGUGAAUGGGAAAUCAGUCCCGGAUAUGUAAUGUAUGGUCAUUUUUAUGAUAUGGCCAAAGAACUAGGAGCUUAUCUGUUCUAUACCGAACAUCGAUAUUAUGGACAGAGCCGCCCCACUGCGAGCACUCGAACAGAUCUGUUGAAAUUCCUGAACAUUGACCAGGCUUUAGCUGAUUUGGCUCAUUUCGUUGAGGAAAUGAGAAGAACGAUUCCUGGAGCAGCAAAUUCUAAAGUUAUCAUGGCCGGUGGUUCAUAUUCAGCAACGAUGGUAGCAUGGUUCAGACAAAAGUACCCACAUCUAGUGGAUGGAGGAUGGGCAUCCAGUGCUCCACUACUGGCUAAGCUGGACUUUACUGAAUAUAAGGAAGUCGUAUCAGAAUCCAUUCGACUGGUAGGAGGUGACUCUUGCGCUGAUAGAAUCGAACGUGCAUAUGAAGAAAUAGAGGAUCAUUUGGAGAGAGGAGAGUUCGAUAAAGUGCGCGAAGACUUCAAAGUUUGCAAUAACAUCAAUUUUGCCAAUAGCUUGGAUUCCGGAAUGUUCCUGAGUUCCAUAUCGGACUAUUUCGCCGGAGUAGUGCAAUAUCAUUCACCAGGAGAUAUUGAAAGUGUUUGUGAAAUCAUUAUGGAUGAAACCAUCGAGAACGACAUGGAAGCAUUGGCCAACUGGUUUACCAGGGGAGUAAACCAGUGUAUGGACAUGACCUACGAUAGUACAAUUCGAUACUAUAGGUCAACAGAUUGGAAUCACGGUGCCAACAGAGGAGCAAUGCGACCAUGGCUCUAUCAAACCUGUGCUGAAUAUGGAUGGUACCAAACAUCUGGUUCGGAGGAUCAAAUAUUUGGUUCCGGAUUCCCUGUCGAACUCUACGUUAGGAUGUGCUACGAUUUAUAUGACUAUAUAUUUACUCCAGCAAGACUCGACGCAAAUGUAGAACGAACCAACGACAUAUACGGCCAUAUGAAUCCUGCAGUUACAAAUGUAUUUUUCACACAAGGGCAGCUUGAUCCGUGGCGUCCAAUGGGACUGCAAGAAGAUUUGAACGAGCACUCACCUACUGUUGUUAUUCCAAUGGCUUCGCACGUUGCUGACAUGGGUUCUAUCAGUGACAGAGAUUCGCCUGAAAUGGUUGCAGCGAAAGGACGAGUGUUUGAACUCAUUAAACAAUGGGUGUCAUAGAUGAAUACUUCAAUUUGAGUUAUUAAUUGACUCAUUAGUGUUUAUUACUCUCAUGUGUAAAAAUAAAGUUGUAAAAGUUUUAUA